AUUAAGUACACCGUGCCCGCCAAGCUCACGUUCGGCUGCUGGUCUCGAGUACAUUGAACUCUAACAUUAACAAGCCACUUCGUUUCAGUUAAGUAUCGCAAAUUGUCCGGAGGCAAGAUCUGUAAUAAGAUUAUAAAACCGAACCUUCCCGCCCGAGGGCGCCUCCGAGCCAAACUGCCAGUGUGACUAAAGGCGACAGAUAACUAGCGAGAAUGAGCGAUGGAAAAUACAGCUUUUCCGAGAAAAGAAGGACGCAAACCGUUACCAGUGAGCUGGACCAGGGAAAGGUUGAGGUGCUACCGAAAGGAAAACCGGAGCAGGUCAACGACCUUGCCUAGGAUCGAAUCUCGAGCGAAACUAACCACCUUCAAUAGGUCGCUGCUCGGCUUGGGCCGGCCGCUUAGAGCUGCAGAAAAAAGUUCUAUUAUAUUUCAGUUAUGA